AUGUCGGACAAUAAUAUCAGGUCUUUUUCAGGUGAAGACUACGCCACUGCUUUUACAAAGGCUCUCACUUGUCAAAUUAACAAAGAAGAUGUGAGUUGCAUGGUUCAAACACAGAAGGAAAUGCUAUCGCGUUAUGAAAAAACCAAUGAAAUGCUGAUAAACUUUAACCUGCUGUCCUCAUCGCGCUACGAAGCCACCUGUCACAAGUUUAAGAAAGACACGUUACUUCUGUACGAGAUGAAGAAAGAUUUGGAUGCUGUAUUUAAAAGAAUUCGAAAUUUAAAACAAAGAUUAAGUAAAAUAUAUCCUGAUGCAUUUUCAGCCUGCAGUAACGUAUACCUGAAUGUCCUUGAAACUGGUGAAAAUGAUGACAGCUUCAGUCAGGACACAGCCAGUACCUCAUCAAGAACUCUGGAUUCUGCAGUGCUUCCAUCUCCUUCUUCAGCAUCUGACCAUCAUACUGGUAAUGGACAAACUGCCCAAGCAAACAAUUAG